CCUGUCGCUGGCUGUCUUGUCUCCCGAAGCGAGCCGAGCGUGUACGUGCGUUCUUGCAAAGGAAGAAGAAAUAAAUAAUAAACAAUAAUAAAAGUUAAUUGGACGGAACUUUGACUAAUUUUUGUGAAAAUUCAUGCAAAUUUCGGAAAAUUUCAAUCUUAAAACAAGUUUGGCUUGUGCGUUAAUUGUUUGUGCUAGUUGGUAUCAGUGAGUGUGGUGAAAUAGAAGCGAAAAAUAGUCCUAAAAUUAGGACACAAAACAAAGAAUAUUUUUUGUCAUCCUUCCAUGGUGUUUGGGCUUUUUUUUUCGGGUGAAGGUGAUGAUGCUUGAGCUUGAGCGAUAAUAAUAUGGAUGCGGUAAUUAUCAUCAGUGGGAAGUGGAGUUGAAUUUCACAAGCACGAAAACACGUGAAUGAUGCGUUUGAAGGGUAUCAAACCGUCGGCAAUCCUCGAACAGGGGACCAAACGGUGCCGCCGGUCCGAAAACAAGCCGGAAGAGGAAUGUCCCAAGAAGAAAAAGUUGGAUCUUUGGAAGAAGGUCGUUUCAAUUCUGAACAAAGCCGAAUCGAAACGAACCGGCGAUGAGGAGCGAUUGCUUGGGAGUCACAAGACGCUGGUCAAGCAGAUUCUGGAACGGAGGAAAAGGAGAGUGGUCUAUAAGGAGCGGAUGCUGGAGAGGGAAGAUGAUCAAGGCGAGAUUGAAGCGAAAGCAUUGAAACUGGCCCAGGCGAUUGCGAAGUCCAAUCAUUUGUUGGUCUAUACGGGUGCUGGGAUUAGUACUUCGGCAAAAAUUCCGGAUUAUAGGGGUAGUCAGGGUAUUUGGACGCUGCUAGCCCAAGGGAAGGAUAUUGGAGAAUACGAUUUGUCCCUGGCGGAUCCGACGUACACUCACAUGGCACUGUUUGAGUUGCACCGAAGAGGAAUUCUGAAGCAUGUGGUGUCUCAAAAUUGCGACGGAUUGCAUUUAAGAUCCGGACUGCCGAGGUUUAGCCUCUCGGAGGUUCACGGGAAUAUGUACGUUGAGGUAUGCAAAAACUGUAAACCGAACGUUGAAUACUGGCGACUGUUUGAUACCACACAGCGCACGUCUACUCACAAGCACAAAACCAACCGUCGGUGCCGGAGGUGCGGAAAGCCACUGAUUGACACGAUUGUCCACUUUGGCGAGCGGGGUCAAUUAAAGUGGCCGCUGAACUGGGCUGGAGCAACUCCACACACUGAAAAGACUGAUGCCAUCCUAUGCCUAGGCUCGAGCCUCAAAGUCCUUCGGAAGUACAACUGGCUCUGGGCCAUCGAUAGGCCAAUCAAGAAACGUCCCAAACUAUUCAUAGUGAACCUGCAGUGGACUCCGAAGGACAAGGUUUCAACACUGAAGAUUAACGGAAAGUGCGACGAAGUGAUGAGACUGGUGAUGAAACACUUGAACAUCGAUGUUCCGGAUUAUAAUCGAAUUAAGGAUCCGAUUUUUGCUCAUGCUACCCUACUACUGCCGGAGGAACAGCACACGGCGUCUCAGCCGAUGCUCAAGAAGGCCAUCAAGGACGAAGUCAGCGGUGAUGCCUCCUCCUCAAAUGGAUUAGAAGUCAAGAAAGAACCCAAAUCAGAAAACGUGGAAAUUAAAAAAGAGCCCACGCUACAAUCGGUUCCGUUACUCUUAAGUCCACCGUCCCUACUCACUCCUCAGCAACUUUACAUCAACAAUCUGUUGCUGCAACAGCAACUCAACAAUUACAACAUCGUUCUGAACGCAGCCCAACUGCAACUCAAAAACGAAGCAAGCCAUGAUGCGGCAUCUUCACCACCGAAACUCCCCGUGCCGCCACUUGUUCCUUGUUCGCCGAAUGGCAUCCGACCUCCAACCAGUCCACCGGUUCAAUCCAUUCCGAAUGUCAUCAAAAUCGACACCACUUCCAGUUUGUUCGGAAACUUGCGCCAAAUAAUCAACCCAGGCGUAGAACCGUCGCCUACUACCAUCGCAAUGACAUCACCAAACUCCCAGCCUACUUCCCCUAACGCCCCCAAUAAAAUUCACAUUCUCAUGAAACCUAUUAUUCCGACAGCCACGGACCUACCCAAACUUGUCCCACUGACGCCGGCUAAAUCCGAAGCGGAAAAGUCCAGCGGCAGCAGUUCAGUUCUUCCAAAGCCACUAGAUUUGGAGGAUAAAACUCCCGAACCGCAGCCCGCGUCGGUAUUUGAGGAUCCCGUUAAAAUCAGCGAGAAUCUUCCGGAUUGCAUUCUCCAACAGGAUGAAAUUGAACAGGAGAAAUCUUCGGAUGAUAAGGUGGGACAAAAAGCCUCUGAAAUGGAUAAGGGUAGUCCUGCUGUGCAUCCGGAGAUGUCGUCUUCAGUAGCUGUAUCUAACACCGAGACAGAUAAAGAUCACGAUCCACAGCAGAUUGACAUCGAUUCCAAGUUGAGCAAAACUGACAAGACAUCUUCUAACGGAGAUAAGCCUUUGCCGAAUCAUGCUGCAGUUGCACAAGACACAGGAGAAAAAGAUGACAAAUACUCGGAAUCCCCUGCGGCGAUAGGAACCACGCCUGGAAAGACCGAUGCUCCUGAACACGCAAACAGUAUUGGGAAGGGUUUAGACAAAACCGAAGAAUCUGUUGAUGAGCUGUCGAGUUCUACGGGGUCGAGCGGUGUGGAAACGGAUAAGCCUACACCUUCUCAAGAUCCAGCAUCCAGUCAACCUCCGCCACCACCCAACACGGUCAAAGUGAUCCUCAGCCAUAGUCCGGUAUUUAAUUUGUACGAAAGUGCUCCCAAGUUCGUCAACGGUUUCCCGCCCGGAUUGACUCUCAUAAACCCGAUCAAGUUCCAACUGCCGAUCAAAUUGCAACCAUCAGCCCCGGUUUCCGCGACGACCCCGACGACCGGAACAACUGCCCCACCAAAAGUUCUAGGUGAUAGUAAUAGCAAAAAUGUCCCAAUUCCACCAACCAAUCCGAUUGAUAGAAAAAUUCUGGCCGCCAGCAGAAUCCUUCUCGGUUCUCAGCAACCCAUUCAGCCACGUUUGGUGGUACCGACGAGACCAUCUGACCUCUCCAGUCUCAAAAGCUUCCGUUUGCAUGGUCCUGUGUCAGAUGGUAGCAAAGAUGGCAUGACCAAUGCGAAGCCAGUUGGACCGCCAAUUACCAGGGUAGCUAGUCCACCACAUUCACCUAAUGGUCUGGUCCUGCGACCUCCAUUGAUGGUGAAUGGUUCUGUACCAGCACCGCUCAUGAUCAAUGGCAUGCCGGCCAUAAUUACCACAAAUGUUGGGGCCAACGCCCAGAAAGCCAUCCCAGUGAACCCAGCUCAUCGAUUCCCAAUUGCCUAUGUGCUGAACAAUGGUAUGCCGAAUCAAACCGGGAAUAUUGUUCUGCUAACGGCACCUCCCAAACCCAUGAGCCCGACAAAAGUAUUUACUCCCAGCGUUCCCCAAGUUCCUAUCCUGAAAACUCCAACCAAACUUCCCGAAACUCCCCCAGAAUCCAUCCCUGAUCAAUCGGUUCCGGAUACACCCACAGCAGAUGUAAAUCCAUCUCAUGUACCUCCACCUUCCUCAAAUGAUCAAACCGACCAAACACCAUCCAAACCUUCUCGAAGAUCCAGGCGAUUGGAAUCGACUAAGACCGACGAGAACACCACCCCAUCCGCCACGGAACCAAUCGUAGAAUCUACUCCGGAAAAAUCUGCCUCGGAGGAAACGCCACAGAAACCGAGCGUGGAUUCUGCAACUCCCGACGAGACAACGCCAUCGCCCGGACGGACACGAAGCUUCCGGAUUCGCAAGAAAACCGACUUUCUUAACAUCAAACACGAGAAGAAACGUCCCAAGAAGGAUCUGUCCAAAGAGGCGACGCCAGUCAAAGCCCCGAAAGAUGACGAUGACAAAUCGAAGAAGCCGUCGGAUUCGGCAGCGAAAGAGCCGCAGACACCACCGCCACCGCCACCCAGGCCGGUUGCUGGUCAACCACCAACGGUACUGCAGACCACCAUUGUAAUGUCACCGAGUGGUGCGGCUUCAUUUUUGCGAACACCAACUCCGGCGUCGCCGACGAUGGCAGGUCAGACCACCAUACCCAUGAGGAGCUUCCUUACGUUUUCGCCACCGGGCGGAUAUCUACAGCAGUUCGUAACAGCGGGCGGAGCAGCUGAAUCCGCCCAGGAGAAAGUGAAACGCAUUCUCAACUACUGCAAGGUCCUGCAGGCCCAAGGAGGAACCGGCCCAUUGCCUCAGUGGUACGACGUGAACUAUGCCUAUUCGGGGCUGCACAGCAUCAUUCACCCGCCGCCACCGAAUGUGAACCUGUGGGGAUGUUCCCCGCUCAAGCAACCACAGGCCGCCGUCGAGUGUAAGUUCUGCUUCGAGAACUACCGACAGUACGUGUGUCAAUUCUACGCUACCCAGCCGGAGGAAUUCGCCGUCAAAUCGAUGCGUCGCGGGAAGACCGUCGUUUGCGAGUGCUGCGAUUUCUCCGACGAGGAGGACGAAGUACAGGACGAAAUUAAGACGGAGGAUGGAGAGAAGGAGGGCGAUGCUCAGCUGAAGAAUGAAGUGAAAGAUGAGGAGGUGAAAGAGGAGAUCGAUCCGGUUCCGUCGACUUCCAAGGAGGAAAUCAAGAGCGAGGUGGAGUCCGAUGAAUCGGAGGAGAAACCGUCGACGGAAAAACGACAAGUGGUCGACGGGAGUGAGGGAGGGCAACAGAAGCGACUAAUGGUAAGGAAGGAGCAAGCUCUGGGAGUUUGCAAGGAGAACGCGGUUAAGGCGACCGUGGUGGGUAAGAAGAGUCGCGUCAGGCCGGGUUGGUACGGUAAGGGUUACGGUAAGUUGCGAAAGAAGAGGAAGCGUUUCGCCUAAGGAGGAAACAUUGAGACUCAAGAGGAUUGUUGCAUUUUUUUCAGGAUUUCGUUUUUUGUGUCAUGUGUGUUGCAUUUUUUUAUAUUUAUUGGUCUAACACUGUUCGACAGAUAUCAUGUUAUAAGUGUGGUGAUAACUUCUAAUAUGCCGUGAAACGGAAACAAAAUUUGAAGAAUAUUGAUCAGCGUUUAUGAAGUAUUUAACUUAGUAAACAGAGGAUCUGAUAUUUUUGGAUCGUAUUUACCUUUAUAUGUGUACAUAUAGCUUGUCAGUUGUAAAACGAACUGAAGCGGCAUUUUAUUCAACAAAAUUAUGUUAUUUGAAUCAACCUAGACUUGAUUUGAAACAAACAAUUCCUUUUUUCGCUGCAACAGUCGUUUCGUGGCUGCAUGACGGGCUUGGUGGUCUAGUAACUACCACUUCUGUUUCGUAUGCAGAAGGUUCUGGGUUCAACCCCUGGCCCUUCCGUUUCCUCCUACUUUGUAUCUUCUUUCUCCUUUUCUCUUCUCUACAUAUACAACUCAUGUAUAUCCAUAAGUUCAUAGCCAUCGCUAGAACAGAAGUUGAAAAAGCCGUUUCCCUUCAUUCCAACUUUCACAGCACAGUGUCAAUCUAUCAUAUAACGCCAACAAGGUAUGCAACCAAGUGAGUUGUGCCGAUUUUCCUUCAUAGUAAUCAACACACAAUCUAUCACCUCCCCUAUCCAUGGAUCGCAUCACCGACCAAAAGGUGACUUUCAGAUCUCACAUCCUAUCCUACUAACAAAAACCCCAUCUGUGCUGGUUGUGGGAAUACAGAGUGUCUGCGGUCUCUAGUAGCAAUAACAGCCAUUCACAGCCACAAUCUAACAUUCCUUUCCCUUCCCAACUGACUGUAAGGACUUGGCCGGCGCCAAUAUUGAUCCAAAAAUGUAUGAGCUGCUAAAUUGCACUUUGAGAAUAAGUGGAGUGCCCCAGUCCCUAAGCUUAGCAACACCUGUUUCGUGGCUGCAGUCCUCCAUCCUAGGCCGCGUCCCACAUUUGCCUGUUCGUUCUGCACCUGGUCCGCCCAUCUUGAACGCUGCCCUCCAGA